AUGUCUCAGCUAUUAUACAAAUAUUUUUUACAAAAAACAAACUUAGACCAUCUAGUUACAUUUGGAGACACAACUCAAGAUCCGUAUUUUGAAGAAAUACCCGAACAAGAUCUUCACUUUUAUCAGCGUAAAGGUGCCAAGAGAAAAAGAAGGUUGCCAGAUUAUAUACCAAAAAAUGACUUGAAAAUCUUGAAUAAGGUCAAGAGCAGAGCAUAUACACUAGACUUACAGUUGAGUUUAUGUGGAUUAAGGAUUGGAUGGGCUGGUGUUAUUGGUUUAAUACCCUGGAUUGGAGAUAUAAUUGCCCUAUAUUUUGCCAUGCAGUUGGUUAGAAAAGCCAAGCAGAUCGAGGGAGAAUUACCAAAGGCUCUAGAGACUGAGAUGAUGGCAAAUGUCAUGUUUGACUUUGGUAUUGGGUUGAUACCAAUUGUUGGCGAUUUCAUCAACGUCCUAUAUAAAUGCAAUUCGAGGAACUUUGUCUUGUUGGAGAAGCAUCUAGUGAAAAAAUAUGGCAGUCAGCAUCUGAAUCAACCUGUCACCACACAAGCACUGACAAAAACGGCCCCUUCAACAGCACAACCGACAAGUGCGGGAAGUGCUGGAAAAGGAGGCAAAAAGUCUCGAGGUUAUGGAUCUGCACCACUGAGUGGGGGAAAUGCGCCUGAGUCGUCCGUCUCGGCGCCACCUUAUAGUGGAAGACCUGUUCCUGCCCCACCUUCAAGAUCUCAUCAAAUCGGUAAUGAGGUGUAA